UGUACCCCACACUAUUAUCACUAUGACCACCACCAGCGCGUGUUUGUAGUUAAAGAAAGGCCUUUUCUGUUAUUUUUCUUGUGUGUGUUGUUUGGAGUCUUGCAUUGCAUGAGCUAAAACCCCUUUUCUCUUCUCUGCUCUGCUUGCUUUGCCCCUGUAACAGUGUGUGGGUCUCUGUCUCUGGCGUUUUCUCCGCGCAUCCGUGUCGUGUCGGCCAUCCAAUUCAUCACUCUAGAAUCCCAGCAAAAUUCACUCACAAAAAAGUAUAUUCUGUUUCACAAUUUCAGCUACAAUUAUGGAGCUUCAGAUUUUGUUGCAGAGAUUAUUGAGUAGUCAGUUACACAAUUUUUUAUUUUUUUAAAAUUGUUUCUGGUUUUGAUUUUUCAUCUUUCUUCCUCUAAUCUUGUGCCCCAGACAGGACAGGGACUCAGUCUGAAAACUCUUGUUUUUGCCUCUAACACUGUUUUCAAUUUUAUUUUUCUGAAAUGAAUUCAAUCCCAAUUUUUUUCAACCUUUAAUUAUCUGGGUAUUUGAGAAAAAGUGAAAAACCAGUUUUAAAUAAAAGGCUGAUACUAGUAUGUCACUGAAAUUAAGACCAUGGAAUUCUGAGUUGUGAGCCUGUGAUGCUUUUUCAGGAAUUUGCAGUGAAAAAAAGUUGCUAUAUUUAGCUAUAAUUGAGAUGAUGGUGAGUACAGAGUCAAAGGAGAAAUUGAAAGAGGUGGUGGAGAGGUGUUUAGAUCCUCAGCUAUGGCAUGCUUGUGCUGGAGGGAUGGUGCAAAUGCCACAGGUGAAUGCUAAGGUCUUCUACUUCCCUCAGGGUCACGCAGAACAUGCAUGUGAGCCUGUGGAUUUCAGAAGUUACAACAAACUUCCAUCUUGCAUUCAAUGCAGAGUCACAGGUAUCAAAUACAUGGCUGAUCCUGAAACAGAUGAGGUUUGUGCAAGAAUUAGGCUUGUUCCUCUUCACAGCAAUGAGGUUGAUUUUGAUGAUGAUGGUGUUGGAGGGGGAGUCAAUGAAACCAAGGAUAACAAACCCCCUUCUUUUGCAAAAACAUUGACACAAUCUGAUGCCAACAAUGGCGGUGGUUUUUCUGUUCCUAGGUAUUGUGCAGAGACAAUUUUCCCUCGUUUGGACUAUUCAGCUGAUCCUCCUGUUCAGAACAUCUUGGCUAAAGAUGUUCAUGGUGAGAUAUGGAAAUUCAGACACAUUUAUAGGGGCACGCCGAGGCGGCAUCUUUUGACUACAGGGUGGAGCACUUUUGUCAAUCACAAGAAGCUUAUUGCAGGGGACUCAAUUGUGUUUCUGAGAGCAGAGAAUGGAGAUCUUUGUGUUGGAAUUCGGCGCGCUAAAAGGGGUGGUAGUGGUGGUGGACCGGAUCCUUCAUCAGGCUGGAAUUCCGCUGGUGGAACCGGAUUUCACCCUUUAUCUUAUGCAGGAUUUGCAGACAGUAACCAACUCCUGAGAAACGGUCAUGGUAAUGGCAAUGGAUUGAGCCCAACGAGUGCGAGUUUGAUGUGUAGGGGGAAGGUGAGGGCACAAGCAGUGAUUGAGGCUGCUACACUUGCUGCUAAUAUGCAGCCAUUUGAGGUGGUUUACUAUCCUCGGGCAAGUACUCCGGAGUUUUGUGUUAAGGCCUCUUUGGUUAGAGCAGCAAUGCAGGUUAGGUGGUGUCCUGGAAUGAGGUUCAAGAUGCCCUUUGAAACCGAGGACUCCUCGCGGAUUAGUUGGUUUAUGGGAACUGUGUCCUCUGUUCAGGUUGCUGAUCCAAGAUGGUCAGACUCUCCUUGGAGACUUCUACAGGUUGCAUGGGAUGAACCAGAUUUACUUCAAAAUGUUAAAAGGGUGAGCCCUUGGCUGGUUGAAAUCGUGUCGAACAUGCCUAACAUCCACCUUUCCCCUUUCACGCCACCGCGAAAGAAAAUGAGAUUGCCUCAACACCCAGAUUUCCCCCUCGAUGGCCAGAUUUCAGUGCCAACAUUUCCCGGCAACCACCUUCUAGGUCCCGGAACUUCCUUCGAUCGUUUAUACGAAAAUAGUCCUGCUGGCAUGCAGGGAGCCAGGCAUGCUCAUUAUGGUAUAUCCUUAUCAGAUCUCCACCUCAGUAAACUGCAGUCAGGUCUAUUUUCAUCUAAUUUCACUCAAUUUGAUCAUAUUCAUCAUGCUGCUGCUGCUACACCAAUGAGGGUCCCCAACAUUAACCCAACAUUGCAAAAACCCAGCACUAGUGAAAAUAUCUCUUACUUACUAUCCAUGACAACAACAACAAACUCUACUCAGUCUAAGAAACCUGAUGAUGAUGAUGUGAAGCCGCCUCGACUUGUGCUUUUUGGCCAAACGAUUCUCACAGAGCAACAAAUCUCUCUGAGUUCAUCCGCUGACAACACAGUUUCCCCGGUUCUUACUGGAAACAACAGUUCAUCGGAUGGAAAUGCAGAUAAAAAGACUAAUUUUUCUAAUGGUUUUGGAUCUGCUCUUGAUCGGCAAGAUAGUUUGCCUAGUUUGGAGACAGGUCACUGUAAAGUUUUUAUGGAAUCAGAAGAUGUAGGAAGGACCAUGAACCUCACAUUACUCAAUUCUUAUGAUGAACUGUACAAAAAACUAGCUGAUAUGUUUGGGAUACAAAAAUCUGGGGUGUUGAGUCAUGUGCUCUACUGUGAUAAAACAGGAGCAGUUAAACACAUUGGAGAUGAAGCAUUCAGUGACUUCACCAAAACAGCUAGGAGGUUGACCAUUCUAAUGGAUUCCAGCAGCGACAAUGGGAGAGUUUAGUGAGAGAGAGAGAGGAAGAUAAAUAAACUAUCUUUUCAAUUGUACAGCUGGUUGGUCAAUUUCUCAAUUGCCAUUUUGACCCCUCACCCUUAUUCAAGCAAUUGAUAGCAUGUUCGAAUUCACAUUCAGGUCUUCCCGAAUCAAUUCUAUUACCACAAAAGCUGCUAGGAACAGCUUCUCUCAUGAUCAAUUUUUCCAACGUGAAAAAUUACCGCGUCUUCAAACAUGCACUGAUUGGAAGGAGAUAGUCUGAUCUAUUUUGGAUAUUAAACUGGACUAAUGUUUCUCUUGUAUCUCCAAGGGACAUUUGGAUUUGAAUUUUUUUCAUGAGUUUGGAUUUCCGUUAAACUAACUCAUAUCAACGUUUGAGUCUACGUGACAAAAUUUUGCUUGUCCGCCGAUGCAUUGAGAUGUGUUUUUUCUGCUAGAAACUAGAGGGGGACUUCAAGUGAUGGUUGCUCA